AUGAGGCACGAGCGAGGUGGAUCAGUCAGGCUGCGGCGCCACACGGUGAAGGAGCGCCGUGCCCGCGUCUCGGAACGGUGGGUCGCAGGUCUCGGGGCAUUGGUGGGGGGAGUGAUGGCGACGCAGCACCACCAGCACCAAGCACCAGCAAGAGGCGACGCUGACAGCUCGGCAGUGAAACCUAACAUGGCCGGCUACCUCGCCCUCAGGUCCAUGGAAGAGAACGGUAAGUCUCGAUAUUUUGCUUUCCAGGCUCUGUUACCCUGCAGGCUGGGCACAGGAACACUGCCUCGCCAACAGGAACGCUUAAAUUGUGUGAGGGAAGACCACGCAGGGGGAGGCGGCGCAGCGGGAGAGGAGGAGGAUCAUUUUAAACAGGAGUUGCUCGUCGCGGUGCAAACAGGUGAUGAGGAAAAGUUGCGCCACGCCCUUAAGCAUCUACCACCGAAGGCUGUCAACCACGUGUUCCCUCACCCAGUGUCCGCCACAGCCCUGCAUGUGGCCACCCAGAACAACUCAUUUGAACUGGUCAAGGCGCUGCUGGAGGUGCCCGCUGACACUGGUGCCCGGGACUGGAGAGGCAAGAAGUACUGCCCACUGCACUAUGCUGCCCACAAUGGCAAUGUGGAGGUACUGGAGGCACUGCUGAAGGCUGGUGCCGACCCCAAUGCAAAGGAAGGUGAGUUUGGCCGUACAUCCCUUCAUAUUCUGGCCAAUCGCUGGAAGAACAAUGAAGAUUCUUACAAGGCUUGUCUGGAUGCUCUUUUGUCCUGUAAGAGAAUCAAAGUGGAUGCCCUUGAUAGCAGCAAGGCCACACCCCUCUUCAUGGCUGCCACCAAAGGUUGGGAGUACAUGGUGAGGAAACUCAUCAAUAUGGGAGCCAAUAUAAAUGCAGCUGUGGGGAACAAAACUGCUUCUGAUGUGAUUAAAAAGAAGUUCAAUGACUUGCUAGACACAAUUGACUUUUCAGUAAUUCAAAAACCAAAAAGAUAUUUCAGUGAUGAACUCUAUGAUGCACUGAUCAACACAGACUUACAGCUGUUUCAGGAAAUUUUGAAUGAAAUUGACAACUCAGAGGAAAAAUCAAAGGUAUCAGCACUGGAAGAAGACCAUGGGGAAUAUACACUUUUGCAAUAUGCUUGUGACAAUGGUCUGGCAGAUUUUGUUGAAGAGUUACUAAAAAAUGGAGCCAAUGCAGCCAGGAAGGAUGAAACCAGCCUCAUGAGCCCUGUAUUGUAUGCUGCAAGGAAUGGUUACCACAAAAUCUUGGAAAUGCUUCUGAGAACCUUAAAAGAACAGAAGGAACUUGACAAAGGAGUCUUGAGACAUAAAGACCUAAGAAAGGAAACUGUUCUUCAUAAAGUGAUCAAGAGGGAAUAUGCAGCCAAGCAAGAAGGUGUCAACUACUACAUGUGCCUUGAACUCCUUCUUGAGAAACGGUACUUAGACCUUGACGCACAGGAUGAAUUUGGCAACACUGCUUUACAUUAUGCAGUGCUUUGUGACGAUCAGAGCUUUGUUCGCAUUCUACUGCUCAAUGGUGCUCAUCUAGGAAUCAGGAAUCAGUUUGGCACCUUAGCCAUUACCCGUAUUCAGGCAUCUGUACUUGAAGAGGUACUUAAUGACUGCAUCAAGUACAAACACAAUGUGGCAGACCGUGAGUUUGAAAUUAUUCUUUACUACAGCAUGUUGGCUCCGGCUCAGACAUCUCAGCAACCAGAAACAGAAUGUCUGAGGUUCCUGAGUGGUUCUCGUAAGCACCGACACCUCUUGCUGCACCCUAUCAUUGACACUUUCCUCUUCCUUAAGUGGCAAAGGAUUCAGAAGUACUACUACUUCAACAUUAUUGCAUAUACAAUUUUCCUAAUACUCCUCACUGCUUACAUUCUCUUUUACCAUGGAACUUUUGUGCCAGAAACAGAAAAUGUAAUGAACAAUGACACACAAAAACAAAAUGUAUCAUCAGAGAAUAGCAGUGAUGCACCAGAUAUGGAAAUGUAUGACCUUGCCCUAAAAUAUGUUUUUAAAGCACUUAUAUUCAUCUUUGCUUUGUACAUCGCAGUGAGGGAAGGCGUUCAAUUCUAUGUCUCUUGGAAGCUGUAUGUCAAAAGACUGGAAAACUGGCUAGAAAUUUCAAUAGUUGUUCUCACAUGUAUUGUACUCUUUAUACCAGUGAAUGCUGUACAUCAGCAGAGUCUUUGUGCCUGGCUGGUACUGUUCUCUUGGACAGAAUUCGUGCUACUAUUAGGACGUCACCCUUAUUUGUCCAUUUACAUAACCAUGUUCACCACUGUCACUUUCAAUUUUCUUAAAUUCAUCAUUAUGUUUUCCUUCAUGAUUGUUGCCUUCAGUAUCAGUUUCUUUCUAGUUUUCCAGGUACAUGAUAGCUUCACAACAUACUAUCAAUCUCUCCUGAAGACAAUUGCCAUGUUCACAGGUGAAAUAGAGUACACAGAUUUGCCUCUUGCUGCUUUUCCAGUUUCAUCACAUUUACUGUUUGUUGUGUUUGUGUUCCUCAUUGUUCUUGUCCUAAUGAAUCUUCUCAAUGGUCUUGCUGUUAGUGACAUUCAGCAGAUCCAGCAGGAAGCUGAGAUUGUCAGUUACAGCAGUAGGGUGGAGUUAGUCUCAUACAUUGAGUCUGUGUUUCUGGCCAGUCCCUUGCAUCAGAUCUUCCCAGGAUCCCUCAGAUGCUGUGAGGGAGGUGAUGAGAAGGAUGACUGUUAUUUGAGAGCAUGUAUUGAGUCCCACAACCCAGCCAUCAGACUUCUCAACUGGUUGGGUCGACGCACCCUCAUGUUCCAGACGUGCCUUCGUAAUCCAUGGAUAUCUGUGUACCCGAAUCGAGGAAGGGACCGCUGGCACGUCUGUGACUGUCACAGCUUCCAUUUAAAGGAGGCUCAGAUUGAAGCAGCAAAAGAUGUUGUGCUUGAGAAGGAACAUGCUGUUGACACCCACCGUCUAUCUGGCCUUGAAAAUCGCCUUGAUGAAGUAAUGGCAGCAAUAUCUUCUCUCACAGACAAAGUUAAUAAACAUGUCCUUUGUCCUUCCCCAGAGUGACCAAAAGAAUCCUCAGAUGCCCUUGUUGUAAUCAGUGUGUAAUUGUUGCCAUAAGUCUAAUUUCAUUACAGCAAGGAUUUCAGUAAACACUAAGGAGCUAUUUAAAGCAGCCAUCUAGAUCAAAGUUUGCCUAAAUAUGUCAUGUUUCUUACAACAGUCUGAGUGAUUCAUGUUCAGUCUGGGUGAUUUAUAUUCUAGAAUGUAACUUGUUUUGCAAAUCAGAUGUUUAUUAAUGCUGUUGGCAAAGGAACAUGGACAUAUUGUACUGCUUGCUCCUGAAAGUUUUAACAUUUCAGCAUUGCAUUCUAACAUGUGUAGAGUAACACUAACAUAGUAUCAUUGACAGAAAGGCUUUCCUUGGAUGGCAUGUAAAUUUACAUAUUUAAUCUCACAGAGCCAUUGAUUGAGUGUGUUUUGACAAUAUUUACUCUUAAUUUCUCUGUUCAACAUUAUUAUAGUUUUAAAUACAAUAAGUAGCCAGGUUUGGUGUGUAGCCUACUAUAGCACUUAUUUGGAAAGGUAAUGGUAAUGUAGAUUUAAUUUUUGCCUUAUUUGUACUUAUAUUUUCCUAUUAAUUGGCAUUAAGGCACAAUGAAGGGUUGAUGUUUGAUAGUGUGGCAAUAUAUAUAUAUAUAUAUAUAU